AUGCCGCCCACGCCUCGAUGCACCAGGGUCCCGCCAGCGUACAAUCACAGUUGCGUAUGCAGCGCGAACAGCAAUCUUCUUGACGGCUUGAUCCAAGAGGUCCGCCCGAUUCCUCGAGGUCCGCGGUGGGUUCGUUCAUGGGUGCGUAAUUCAUUUUUGUUUAACCUUUUCCUGUUUUCCGAUUUCCCGAUCUCUUCUUUUUUUCUUUUUAGAGGUGGAGGUGAUGAGGUUGCUUUGGUAUGGUGA